GGGGAGGGGGGAGGAGGGACGGCCGGUCCCGUCAGUCAGGCAGCGGGAGCCGCCGAGAGCGGAUGGCGGCGGCGGUAGCGGCCCCACUCGCCGCCGGGGGUGAGGAGGCGGCGGCCACGACCUCCGUUCCGGGGUCUCCGGGUCUGCCCGGGAGCCGCAGUGCAGAGCGGGCCCUAGAGGAGGCCGUGGCCACCGGGACCCUGAACCUGUCCAACCGUCGCUUGAAGUACUUCCCCCGGGGCGCGGCCCGCAGCUACGACCUGUCAGACAUCACCCAGGCUGACCUCUCCCGGAACCGGUUCCCCGAGGUGCCGGAGGCAGCAUGCCAGCUGGUGUCCCUGGAGGGCCUGAGCCUCUAUCACAAUUGCCUGAGAUGCCUGAACCCAGCCUUGGGGAAUCUCACGGCCCUUACCUACCUCAACCUCAGCCGAAACCAGCUGUCAUCGCUGCCACCCUACAUCUGCCAGCUGCCCCUCCGGGUGCUCAUUGUCAGCAACAACAAACUGGGAGCCCUGCCUCCCGACAUCAGCGCCUUGGGAAGCCUGCGGCAGCUUGAUGUGAGCGGCAAUGAGUUGCAGUCCCUUCCCACAGAGCUGUGUAGCCUCCCUUCCCUGCGGGACCUCAGUGUUCGGAGAAACCAGCUCAGCACCCUCCCUGAUGAGCUGGGGGAUCUUCCUCUUGUCCGCCUGGAUUUCUCCUGUAACCGUGUCUCCCGCAUCCCGGUCUCCUUCUGCCGCCUCAGGCACCUGCAGGUCAUUCUGCUGGACAGCAACCCCCUGCAAAGCCCACCUGCUCAGAUCUGCUUGAAGGGGAAGCUUCACAUCUUUAAGUACUUGUCAACAGAGGCUGGGCGGCGUGGGGGGUCGGCAUUGGGGGACCUGGCCCCUUCCCGCCCCCCGAGUUUCAGUCCCUGCCCUGCUGAGGACUUAUUUCCGGGACGUCGGUACGAUGGUGGGCUAGACUCCGGCUUCCACAGUGUUGACAGCGGCAGCAAGAGGUGGUCUGGAAAUGAGUCAACGGAUGAAUUUUCGGAGUUGUCCUUCCGAAUCUCAGAGCUGGCCCGGGAGCCUCGAGGGCCCAGAGAGCGGAGGGAGGAUGGCUCUGCUGACGGAGACCCUGAGCAGAUUGACUUCAUUGACAGCCACGUGCCUGGGGAGGACGAGGAGCGAGGUGCUGCUGAGGAGCCCCGGCCACCAGAAUUAAGCCCUGUGGCAGGGGACGGAGAGAAGGCACCAAACAGCAGGCGGGAGGAGCCUGCUGGUGAGGAGCGGCGACGCCCGGACACUUUGCAGUUAUGGCAGGAGCGGGAGCGGCGGCAGCAGCAGCAGCAGCAGCAGCAGCAGCACAGCGGAGCGUGGGGGGCCCCCCGGAAGGACAGGUCCGCUGCCUGCACUGCCGACCCCACAUCUCCUUUGCUUUCCAGUUUUGUGAAGCUGGGGGUCAGGGCUGCUGGCGGAGGUCCUGCGGCCUCAUCCACUCAGGCCUCCUACAACGGCAUGCCCAAGUCCAGUGCCACCCAACUGGGAGCUUCAGGGGGGCAGGGAGCCCCCCCGGCCCCUGCCCCCACCCCUGCCUCCCAGGAGCCCCUUCCUGCAGCUGGACCAGCGACAGUGCCUGCUCCCCGGCCGCUCGGCUCCAUUCAGAGACCAAACAGCUUCCUCUUCCGUUCUUCUUCUCAGAGUGGCUCAGGCCCUUCCUCACCAGACUCUGCCGUGAGGCCUCGGCGAUCCCCUCAGCUUCUGGAUGAGAAGGAGCUGAUGGCACAGCUGCGCCAGGUAAUGGAGUCCCGGCUGCAGCGGCCCCUGCCUGAGGACCUGGCGGAGGCUCUGGCCAAUGGGGUCAUCCUCUGUCAGCUGGCCAACCAGCUGCGGCCCCGCUCUGUGCCCUUCAUCCAUGUGCCCUCGCCUGCCGUGCCAAAACUCAGCGCUCUCAAGUCUCGGAAAAAUGUGGAGAGUUUCUUAGAAGCCUGCCGAAAAAUGGGGGUGCCUGAGGCUGACCUGUGCUCGCCCUCGGAUCUCCUCCAGGGCACCGCCCAGGGGCUGUGGACCACCCUGGAGGCUGUGAAGCGGGUGGGGGGCAGGGCCCCCCCACCCCUCUGGCCCCCCUCUGGUCUGGGCGGCUUCAUCUUCUUCUACGUGGUCCUCAUGCUGCUGCUCUAUGUCGUCUACACUCGGCUCCUGGGUUCCUAGGACCUGAAGUCACCCUUUCCCCUGCCCCUUCCACCUAUUUCUAUUUAUAAGACUCCUGUGCAACCCCCAUCCCUACCAGUGGUGCCUUCAGCCCCUACCAAAGACACUAGUGAACCCUCUCCCCUCACACACACUGACCUCAGAGGCCCCACUCUGGUGCCCCCAGACCCUGGGCCCCCAGCCUCUGGCCACCCUCCUGUAGCCCCUUCCCGUGCCCCUCACCUCUCCAUGCUGAUGGUGCCUUCAUUCCCUCCAGGCCCUGCCCUUCUCUCUGCUCCCUCAGAGGGUAGAUCUCAACCUUCUUCCUUGUGCCGUCCCCCUCCACCCCGGUCCCCCCACUGUUAUGGGGAGCUAAAUUAUCUAUAUUUUGUAGAGAGAACUCUAUAUUUGUAGGAGUUGCAGGGGCCCAGGCUGGGUCCCUGUCUCUGUGUAUAAAUUGUACAGACCGUG